AUGUUUCCGCUGUUGUUCCUGCCCGCUCUUGCGGCUGCCGCUCCUGCCGCUCCUGCUGCCAGGCAGGCGCAGGCCCCUGCCAUCAUGCCGCUGUCCUACAAGUACGGCGGCUACCCCAAGAUCUCCACCGACAUGGUCUACGGCACUCCCGGCCAGACGCCCAUCGAGACCGUCGUUGACACCGGAUCCGCCGAUUUCUGGGUCUACGGCCCCGACGGCAAGAUCAACUCGGGCAGCCCCUAUCUCUUCAACACCGGCCCUUGCACCGAGGAUGUGACGCCCUUCUUCAACUUCCCCGAGUCGUCGACCUCGACCGACGUCCAGACGUCGUCGCCCCGCGCCUACGCCUACGGCGGCAACGGCAAGAUCGUCCAGGCGCCCCGCAGCGUCAACGACACCAUCGCCUUCACCAACCCCGCCUACCCGCCGCUCCUCAACCAGAAGGUGCAGCUGGCCAACUACACGCUGAUCCGCUCCUCGGCCACGACCUGCAACGGCAUGGCCUACGAGCGCAGCAUCCUCGGCAUGUCGCCCAACACCAACACCACCUCGGGGCCCUCGUUCCGCGGCGACCUCCUCGCCACCGGCCGCAUCGAGUCGCCCACCCUCUCCAUGUGGUUCGACACCCCCCCGGCCAACGCCACGGGCGAGUUCCACGGCACCGCCCUCUUCGGCGCCCUCCCGGACAGCUCCAAGUACUCGGGCCCGCUCGUCAAGGUGCCGCUCGACCCGCCCGCGGGCACCUACGUCGGCUACUACGUGCCGCUCCCCGAGUUCAGCGUCGGGGGCGCCGCCUUCGCCGUCGACGCGGCCGCGACGCCGCGCUGCCUCGUCGACUCGGGCUUCGGCACCGAGAACCUGCCGCUCGCCGCCGACGCCUUCCACGCCGCCACCGGCACCGUCGACAGCCACGGCUACCCCGCCUGGCCCGGUCCCUGCGACUCCAUCCCCCGGAACAAGACGCUCGACUACACCUUCGCCGGCGUCGACGGCGCCAAGGUCACCGUCCGGGUCCCGCUGCGGAGCUACGCCCGCGGCAUCAACGACUACUACAACGAGACGAACGUGUGCGCCUUGAGCUUGACGCUGGAUUCGACGGGCAUGUGUGCCGUCGGCGCCCCCUUCUUCACGAGCGCCUUCCUGGCCUUCAACGACGACAAGGCCGAGAUGGGCAUCGCCCAGGGCGGUGUGUCGAGCGGUGCCGAGAAGGGCGUGGAUGGCCUGGGAGAGGUGACGGUUGUGAAGAGGGGCGCUGGUCUGCCAUGA